AUGACGGCGCCCACUGUCGAGGGUUCGGAAUAUCGCGAAGCAGUCACCGUUCAUAAGAACAUGUUGGCAUGUGGUAGCGCUAUGGCCUUCACUGUUGCUUUGCUCAACCCGAUGGACGUCAUAAAAGUUGCCAUGCAAACGUCUACAACGCGUUUAUCGCUAUGGGGCACUGCCGUCGAUAUAUUACGAAGGGAUGGUAUGAAAGGACUCUUCCUCCCAGGCUUGAAGUCGUCCAUGGCUUCUGAUUUUGUUAAUGGUGCCUUCAGACUAGGUCUAUAUCCUGAGGUUAAGGCUUCAAUAGCCUCACUCUGGGGCAUUUCUCCAACGAGCACGUCCUUGUGUAUAUUCUCGUCAUUCCUCACUGGCGUCGUCGGCUCGUUUUUCGGUAACCCGUUCGACUUGAUGAAGAUCAGACUGCAAUACGAAGCAGGUCUCCUUGGUCCCGACGGUCGCUAUCUCACUGGUCGCUGUAUUGGCUCUAAACCCACGUAUACCUCUAUAUUGGGAGGAGUGUAUUCUCUAUUGGGGGAAGGGACCUUCCUUCGAGGAGCCCAUGCAACAUGCCUUAGAGCUGGCCUCGUGACCUCCGCACAAGUGUUUGGAUUUGAGCAUACGAAACGUACAUGUUCCGAGAUUGGUAUGGGAGACGGUGCGCUGAAACAAGCCCUGCCCGGCAUCAUUUCGGGGCUUCUUGCGACAACAGUUGCCGCUCCCGUGGAUGUUGGAGUGCAGCUUAUAUGCGUAUUGGCCCCCUGUUUUUCAUAA